AUUAUCAAACUUUGGGUUGGGUGGGCUGGUAACAAACUUCCAGAUCAUUCUAGAGUUCCACUAUCAGUCCUUUUUAAUCCACCGCCCAAGCCUCCUUUCUUCCCAAUUUUAUUCCUGUUCUUUUCUAAUCUUAAUUCCAAAAUCUCUCGCUCGAGGUGAGAUGGCGGCGGAGUCGGAGAGCGAGGCAGCGAACGCGGAGCAGCAGAUGAGGGAGGCGGCGGCGGAGUCGGAGAGAGAGGGGGCGAACGCGGAGCAGCGCGUGAGCGAGGCGGCGGGCGGCGGGGAGAGGCGGAGAUUCUUCCCGAUCUUCGUCGGCGUUAUGGGGCCGCCGCCACCGGCUGAUGGAGGACCGGCGCCGCCGCCGGACCGGAUCGUGCUGGUGAACCCGCUGACGCAGGGGAUGGUGGUGCUCCAGGGGGACCCGGAGCUCGUGGCGGAGCUCCUCUCCGGGAGGGGCGGGGGAGGAUCAGGCGGCCCGCCGCCGGCGUCGAGGGCGUCGAUCGAGGCGAUGAAGAUGGUGGAGGUCGGGCAGGAGGGGGAGGAGGUGGGUGAAUGUCCGGUGUGCCUGGAUGAGCUCGCCGGAGCGGCGGAGGAGGAGGCGGCGGUGGUGAAGGAGAUGCCGUGCCGGCAUAGGUUUCAUGGGCGGUGCAUCGAGAAGUGGCUGGGGAUGCACGGGUCGUGCCCCAUGUGCCGGUUCCGGAUGCCGGCGGAGGAGGAGGGGGACUCGAAGAAGGGCGGCGGGGGAAGAAGGGGAGGCGGAGGAAGAGAGGAGGAGGAGGAGGAGGGAGGUUUGGGUUGCGAUCGCUUUCAGCAGGGGACAGCGAAGAGAUCGGCAACGGGGAGAAGGGGAAGCAGGUGAUGAUUAAGGAGGCAGGUUGAUGCUUUGGGAUUUGUUUUUUGUUUUUUUUUAAGUUAAGAGAUUCUUUCCCUUUUGGUUGAAGGAGGGUGUGUACAGAUGAUGAAAUGUGAAGCAACGUUUUAUUUUCGGUUACCAUUUAUUGAUAUUUGGAUGAUUGCAUGAUUAAUAGAUGUGAACUCCGAGGUAGCUAUGAU